GAAAGUUGCACCGAGGAAAUUUGAUCCGCCGAUCACAAUCAUUGUAUGUUCGAGGGAUUGUAUUAGCUCGGGAGAGUAAACCACGCCGUCCUCUUCAAGAGCGCGAGAAGAGGUUCGCCCAAUGAUCUUCGUCGCCCCGUAAGGACGCAACAUUCUCACCUUCUACUGCCUGCUAUCCAUUCCUCCUACUUUGUCAGCCCUACAGUCGCAAUGAGUGCAUGAAACCCGAGUCCGGUCGCGUGUGCACUUGGUCUCGUCCUCCAUAUUACCAGGCCCCCAAAUGCCGCCCUCCUGGAGGACCGGCCUCGUGAACGCCUUCCCUAUUCCCGAAGAUCGCUUGAAAUCGAAAAAGGGCUUCUCCAGGAAGGCAAUCGACGAGGAGGUUUCUCCUGACUCCCCGGAACCAGAUGUACCGGCCCUGCCUGGCGGACCGUUCAAGUUCUUCGAGCUGCCCGCCGAGAUACGUAACAAGAUCUACGGCUUGAUUUUGUUCGGCAAGCCGGGUUACAGAGGCAAGGAUGGACGGAAGAAGACUCGCACUUCGAUCCUGGCGGUCAGCAGGAGGAUGCACCAGGAGACAUCAUACAUUCUGUACAGCUCUCUGAGCUUCAGGAUCUUUCCCUUGCAGGACUUCACGCCCGCGCCCAUCAUCCAAGAAUUGCGCCCGAUGUAUCGGGCCAUGGUGACAAAGUUGGAAAUGGUGGUGGGCUCGAGCUGGGCCAGUCCGCCCAAGACGUGGCGGGUCAGCAAGCUCCUGGCGAGACGACUGGGAAAAUUGUCCGCCGUGCAAAGCCUGAGACUGUUUGUGCAAUGCGACCCGAGUACGCCGACGUACGAAAAGUACAGAGUCUCGCUCAAUUUCUACACCGACUUUUGCGGCGAUCUGCUUCGCGAUGUCCUGGCAGUAAUGCCCCGGCUGGAGUACAUUGAAGUUGACGGGAAUCCAGGCGUGGACACGCAGGGCCCUUUGGUGUCUCGACUACUGACCGAGGCCGACUUCAAAGGCAAGACAUGGACGCUGGGGCCAACGAAGCCCUUUGCCACCCCAGAAGGAAUUAAAGUCCUUUUCUGGGUUUGAUUGUGUCAGCAUCAUGAUUUUGCAUGACUUAACGAAACGAGCGAAUUGUAAGCGAAUUUUAAUUAUCAAACAAUUGUAUUGUCAAAGGUUUUUAGC